AUGAGUUUAGAAAUUUAUGUUAAGAGUUUGUGUGUUAACCCUGCUACAUCUGUACAUCUCUUCCUAACAAAAGGUAAAGAACUGUUAUUUAGAACUCAGCAAGGCAACGUGGUAAAGCUAAAUGUGGAAAAGAACGAGUCUACCUUACUAAUAGAGAAGAAAAUGUUUGACACCUUCAAGGUCAGUAAAUAUGAAGUGUCUCCAGAUAUGAAGUACGUUCUCCUCGCAUUUAAUGUCAAACCGAUUUACCAGCACUCGUUUACAGCGCAGUACGCCCUAUGUAACCUCAUCACCGGUAAACUUACAGACUUAAACCCACCAGAAGUAGAAGUAGAGAAAGCAUAUCUCCAGUAUGCAGGAUGGGGCGCUAAGGGCCAGCAACUGAUUUUUAUAUUUGAAAAUAACAUCUUCUAUAAAAUGAAUGCUGACAGCCGCCCCAUUCGCUUGGUCUCCACUGGGAAAGAAGGAGUCAUUUUUAACGGGCUGAGUGACUGGCUUUAUGAAGAGGAAAUAUUUAAAAGCCACAUUGCCCACUGGUGGGCUCCAGAUGGCGCCAGACUAGCAUAUACAACAAUCAACGAUACCAAAGUCCCCACCAUGGAAAUCCCUGUGUAUACAGGGUCAAUUUACCCAACGGUGAAAAAUUAUCAUUAUCCAAAGGCCGGCUCUGAGAAUCCAGUUGUCACCUUACAUAUUGUCAACUUGAAUGGGCCUCUUCACCACGUGGAAAUGACACCCCCUGAUGAUCAAAGAAUGAGAGAAUACUAUAUAACUAUGGUGAAGUGGGCAACCAAUACCAAGGUGGCAGUCAACUGGUUAAACAGGGCACAGAAUAUCUCCAUUCUGACACUGUGUGAUGCCAUUACCGGAGUUUGCACAAAGAAACACGAGGAUGAAAGUGAUGCCUGGUUACACAGACAGAAUGAACAACCAAUCUUCUCAAAGGACGGCAGAAAGUUCUUCUUUGUCAGAGCAAUUCCACAGUUGGGUCGUGGGAAAUUUCACCAUAUUGCAGUCUCUUCAUCACAAGCUAACAACAGUAAUGACAAUUUACAGUCUAUUACCUCAGGAGACUGGGAUGUUACAGAGAUUCUGGCAUUUGAUGAAAAGAAUCAAAAAAUCUACUUUCUCAGCACGGAAGACUCCCCUACUCGCAGGCAUUUAUACAGUACUAACACCAAUGGGAGCUUCAACAGACAGUGCAUCUCGUGCUUAUUGAUUGAGAACUGUACUUAUGUCAGCGCCUCGUUCAGUCACACUCUGGAGUAUUUCUUGCUGAAAUGUGAAGGUCCAAGGGUUCCAGUUGUUACUAUUCAUAACACAACAGACAACCAAAGUCUCAUUGAACUGGAAAACAAUCACAGAGUGAAAGUUGCAGCAGAUAAAAAACAGAUGCCUUACUCCGAGUUUCAGUACAUUCAAGUGGAUGACUAUAAACUGCCAAUGCAGAUUAUCAAACCGGCAACCUUCAUAAACACAGCGCAUUUCCCUGUUCUCCUUGUUGUGGAUGGUAAUCCUGGCAGUCAGAGCACCUCAGAGAAGUUUGAGGUCAACUGGAUAACAGCGUUGGUCAGCUCUUUUAGUGUUGUUGUUGUAAAGUUUGAUGGACGUGGAAGUGGCUAUCAAGGCACAAAGCUUUUGCAUGAAGUGAGGAAAGAGCUGGGAAGUUUACAAGAAAAAGACCAGUUGUCCGCUCUGGGAUCCAUAUUAAAAGAACAGUACAUUGAUAAGACGAGAGUCGGUGUUUUUGGAAAGGAAUAUGGAGGAUAUUUGAGCACACGUCUCCUGACAUCCAUGACAGAUGAGCUGUUUGCCUGUGGAGCAGCUCUUUCCCCUAUAACAGAUUUUAAACUAUAUGCAUCUGCCUUUUCAGAAAGAUAUUUGGGACUGCAUACCAUGGAUAAUGGAGCAUACGGGGCAUAUGAGUUGGCCAAAAUAACAGUUCGAGAGUCCUUAUCGAAUAAAGCUAAAUUUUUGAUUAUCCACGCUACUGCAGAUGAAAAAAUCCACUUCCAGCACACUGCGGAACUCAUAACGAAUUUAGUCAAAGCCAAAGCCAAUUAUUCCUUACUGAUAUAUCCUGAUGAAAAUCAUUAUAUGAAGAGCCAAGUAAUGGAGCAGCACUUGCACAAGUCCAUUGUGAAUUUCUUUGAAGAAUGCUUCAGAAUUCAAGAUAAGCCCCCUGUAGUAGCCAUAGAAGAAGAAGAAGAAGAGGAUUAAGUUUUGUUCGUGCCAAGUACAAACCAGUUCUUACAUAACAAUAUGCAACUGAAUUGUUUUCCUUGGAAACUACAAAAUGUUAUGUUUAGCAUGUGUUUAACGGACCAGUGCCCUCUAUGGCUUAUGCGACCGUCCCACUUCCCAGGAAGAAGAACGUGAAGCAUGGUGGACUCAGCAAACAGUGCUGUCUAAUCAAGCAGCUUUUUGUUACCAAUAAAGGUUUCUUGUACUUCAAAAGAAUAAAAAGGGGCAGAAAAGAAAAAAAGAAAUAAAAAAAAGGAACAGAAGAAGAAAUGAGACUUUUUGAGGAACUCCAAGAAGAUUAUUACACAGACUAGACAACCUGUUAAUUCAUGAAAACAACAGUAGCAUUUAACCCAUUAUUAUUCCUGCUCUAAAUUGCCAUUGAAUUUGAGUCUGAAGAAACUAAUCCUGUUAGUACAAAACAAAGAUUAUAGCACAAUUACUUUAUCAAUACUAAUUUACAGUUUGCUUGCUCAGUAUCCCACCAUGAAAAAAAAUAAUAUAUAUAUUACAACUUUCAGGGCAGCAGAAACAGACACAAUGUAUUAACCUUAAUCAAAUUAUGUACAUCAUGUUGUUAUUUCGUUUUUCUCUUGUUUUACUUCCUUAAAUUUUUUUACUCAUCUCACAUUUUGCUGUUUGCUUUAGUGUAUGAAAGAUGCAUAGACGUAUUCACUGUCACAUAGACAAUAUUAUUCAUAGGCCAUUUUUGUGGAGCCCUGACUUGAAUAUAUUAGUCUAAUACAUUAUAGUUCAGCUCAGGAGGCAACCUUUUACUUUGUGGCUGUGCAAAUUUGGAAGUCUUUUCUAAGCCAUUACUUCAAAGUCCGUAAAAUAUACUAGAUAGAUAGAUACAUUAUAAAAGAGGUUGACAGAGAAAAUGAAAAAUCUCCUACAGCCCUCCAAUAGUCUAAAAUUAAAAAUGGUAUUGUUCUUCACUAGCGUUCUCUGAGGCACCGGUCCGAUUCUUCUGCCACAGCUUGUUUACAAGCUGCAGCGAUAAUGUGCUGGUUUAUGGUAUGUGACUGCAGCAGCCAAUCACAGUCCUCGGCGGUCUAAGGCCUUAUGCACACGACCGUUCCGUUUUUUGCGGUCCGCAAACCGCAGAUCCGCAAAGCUCGAACAAGAAUAGGACAGG